AUGACGUCAACAUCCGACAUCAUCUCGGAUGGCCUCUCCAAGCUUGGCCGUGCUGACGGAGGCUUCCUAGAGGGACUCGUGCUUUACUCGCCAGAGUACCAAGCUGGGAAGACCAAGAUUGUCGGACCCGUCUUUACUGUCAAGUUUGCUCCCAAGAGCGACUCAUCUGCGCCGAAGGUCAAGGACAACUACAUCGACCAAAUCCCCAAGGAUUCUGUUGUCUUCAUCUCACAGCCGGCUCCGCAUGUGAAUGCCUGUUAUGGCGGUCUCAUGUCGUUGAGAGCCCAGAUCCUCGGGGCCAAGGGGGUCCUGUUUGCGAGAGGCACUGGCACUACGGCCGGUGGCGCUGUAUGUUUCCCAUCUGAAAUCAACGUCGAUGUGAAGCUUCAGUCUGCCAAGCAGGAUGCCACAAUUAGCCCGGGAGGAUACAUCAUUGCCGACCUUGAUGGCGUCGUGUUCUUGCCCGGCGAUCUGGCCGAGCAGGUCCUUGAGAGGAUCCCUGAGCUUGCUGCUGCAGACGACAGGUGUGCUGAGGCUAUCCGUGGUGGCAUGUCUGUACAGGAGGCGUUCGCGACCUUCAGGGGUAAGUAG